AAACGUAAAAACAAAAUGCACGUUGAAAGUGUAAAGAAGGCCAAAAAAGCGGAAAAGAAGCAGCGCAGAUGCCUGGCAAUAAUAAAAAGUGACUGCCAGGUAGAGGCGAGCGAGACACCGACUCGGCACCUGGCUGUCCUUAAUGUUGGCCUAAGCAAUGGACUCAGCGAGGAAGUGCUAUUGGAGGCGGCAUUUGCCACCGGUGGCAAAGUCUCGCGGGUGGAGAUGUGUCCUGGAAAGUCAUACUGCUUCCUCACCUGUUGCACACCUCAAGAAGCGCAGCUCAUUUUCAAGGGUAUGCACAAUAUAGCCCACAUUGGUCAAGAUGGUGCAGUCGCUUAUAUGAGUUAUGUGAAAGAAGUACCAAUUUUUGAGGCGGGGAACCAAUGGAACCGGUCACUGCCCAACGGACUUGUACUGUUGAAAGACUUCGUAAGCGAAGCGGAGGAGGCAGAUCUUCUAGCAGCCGUUGCCAGUAAGGAGCAGACUACUGACCAAGAGGAGAAUAGUCUUAAGCAUCGCAAAGUCAGGCAUUUUGGCUAUGAAUUCCUCUAUGGCACUAACAACGUGGAUCCCAACAGACCUCUGGAGCAUCAACCUAUUCCAAGAGCCUGUAAUAUACUUUGGUCACGACUUGGGGAUGGCAAAUUGUCCGAUAAUUGGGACUGGUCGCAGCCAGAUCAAUUGACAGUGAAUGUCUAUGAACCGGGUCAUGGCAUACCACCACAUGUUGACACCCAUAGCGCCUUCUUGGAUCCUAUACUCUCGCUCUCACUGCAAUCCGAUGUGGUAAUGGAUUUCAGAAGAGGUCAGGAGACAAUUUCUUUACUUCUGCCACGUCGUUCACUGCUAAUUAUGUCCGGAGAAGCUCGUUAUGAUUGGACUCACGGCAUUAAGCCUAAGCAUUUGGAUGUUGUACCCACCGCCGAAGGAAAUUUAACCACUCAAGCACGUAGUCAAAGAACUUCCUUGACUUUCCGUUGCCUGAGGCAACCCAGCGUAUGCAGUUGUUCCUUUCCCCAACUCUGUGACACCAGGCAAUCCAGUAAACCACAAUCACAAGAUCUAUCCGAACAGGCCACAAGUCUGGAGCAACAAAAUGUUCAUGAGGUUUAUGAUAAAAUCUCACAGCAUUUCAGUGAGACUCGUCAUUCGCCUUGGCCUCAGGUGGUCCAGUUUUUGGACUCUUUUGAGCCACAUUCUACCAUUCUGGAUGUAGGAUGCGGAAAUGGGAAAUAUUUAAACUGCAAUACUCAACUCGUAGCCUUUGGCUGUGAUCGCUCUCAAGGACUACUGGAGGUAGGACGUGCCAGAGGAUUUCAAAUCUUUCGCUGCGACUGCCUAAGCCUGCCUGUGCGUUCGGCCAGUAUGGAUGGUUGUCUCAGUAUUGCUGUCAUCCACCAUUUGGCCACUCCGGAUCGACGUUUGGCAGCUCUUCGUGAAAUGGCUCGCGUUCUACGUCCUGGUGGUCGUGCUCUGGUGUAUGUCUGGGCCAAAGAUCAACGUCGAAACGAUAAGAAGUCCGCCUAUCUCAGGCAAAACAAGGCAGUCAACAGGCAACGUACCACAGAAGAGGAACAACGACAAAAGCAGCAAAAGGAAAUGGACACCCACACUCUGCUCCCCAUCCACACUAAUCGCACAGAGUUCCAGCAACAAGACGUUUUAGUGCCUUGGAAAACCAAAGAUGAUCAGAGUAAAACAUUUUUACGUUAUUAUCAUGUUUUUGAAGAGCAAGAACUGGAGCAGUUGGUCAAUCAAAUAAACACAGAAGUUGAGUUAAUCAAAAGUUACUAUGAUCAGGGUAAUCAUUGUGUCAUUUUCAAAAAGUUGUGAUGCUUACUUUCAUUAUAAGUUUACGUAUAUUAAACUGUUUAUAAAAAUCUUA